GUCAAUAUCAUUCGAUGCUUUGUAUCACAAAUGGUGACACGGCUUUGUCGCAAGAAUUAGCAGCACAAUUGUCUUCCAAACAUGAAUGUCAUGUAAUUUUGGUUAAGAAAAAAAUCGACAAAAUAAAAAGCAAAUCGGAAUUACUUUCACCAAAUUCGGCGGGGAUUUCAGUUCUUCAAUGCAACAUACUGGACAAUGAAGAUUUGGGACAUUUAAGCCAAACAAUUCAGGAUACAUUCAAUGGCAUUGAUAUCGUAAUUGAUAAUACAACAAAUGGCAUUUUUAGUGCUGUUAAAAGCGACGACUGUCGCGCCUUUAUUGAUGGCACAAGUGAAAAAUUACGCACAACCAUAAACAUGCUAAUCCAUUUCGUACCGAAAUUAAAAUACUCAAAAUGCGGGCAUUUCGUCACCGUUCAACCUAUAAUCUCAAACAAAAAACCAUUAUUAUCUUCUUAUCGUGAGAUAAAAGAGUUAAUAAAUUUGCUCACCGACAAUCAACAGUCAACGUUUGCACUUGAUUUAUUCAACAAGCAAAGAAUCCGUUUGACCACUGUGCUGUGGAACUAUGAGAACGUACACAAUAACAACAUCAAUCAAACUAAUAUUAAGCAAUAUUCAGAACGUAUUUUGGAUGGAAUUCGAGCUAAUCGUACAGUGGUGCAUAUAAACAAUUCGAUUAAUCUCAUCGCUUCAAUUCGCAAUUAUUUUCAAAGAAAAAAGAACCUCACGAAUGUCGAUUGCAAUGGUCACAACAGAGUCAGUUGAUGAUUUAAAUUUACUCAAAAAUGGAUUUGGCAUGCGACGAAUUCAUGCAUAUCUAUAUCUCAUAGCAACUACACACAAGUCGCAAUGUUUUUUUCUAUUGAGGUUACAAGUCUCAUAAUAUUUUAUAUAUGCAUCCAUAAAAUUACAUCAAAACACCUGCACUGUUCUAAAUCUUUCUUUAUCAUACAAAAAAUGUAUAGAUCUUUUACUUAUUUUUAUCAUUGCUUUAUUUGUAGUUGAUAAGGAAUUCAUAAAAUUCAAACAUAUGAUAAUAAACGAAUUUUACGCAUAAACAGA